AUGAUACCUGCAAACAGCAAACCAGCAGGCAUGGAAAUCAUAGCUGAGGCCCCAGAAGUCACUUCCUUCGUUCCGCUAAUAGAGCAUCAAUCUACAACCCCGGCUUCGUUCUAUUCUGGUCCCCCAGUAUUGCACUACCACAGCCAAAGAUGCAAACUCAUUGUGCUUGAAAGCGACAUGUCGAAGUCAGCGGCGGUUCAGGGGCUCGCCCAAGCUAGCGAAAAAUUGAACACUCUAAAUGGAGAAAGUGCCAACGGAGAUGAUGUGGAAGCCCAGUCUUUAGUAGAGGAGAUCUCAGUGCAAAGAGUUAUCAGCGACAUUGACGUCUGGGUCACUUCCGAAAAACUGCUCCUAUAUUCGCCGUCAUCUGAGGUUGGUAUCUCAAUUCCGUAUCCGAUUAUCUCGCUGCACGCUAUCCAGUCAGUACCAGCGCCAUCCGCUGGUGAACAUCAAGGGCUCUAUAUGCAGCUUCUUUCACAAUCGCCAAAUGCUGAGGGUGGGGUGGAGGACGAGGAAGAAGAUUCGAUAUCCUUGACAAUUAUUCCGCAAAACGAUGCACCACCACCUCCAACUACAACAGACCCGGACAGCACUAGUGGAGAUCACACCCCUCAACCGCCAUCAUUAGCAAUGUUUACGGCGUUGUCCAACUGUUCAAAUCUUCACCCGGAUCCUGUUAAUAAUGAGCAGGAACUUGGUGGCUUAGAAGAGAGUGCUUUAUUCCAAGCUGGAAUGAUCGCACCUGGCAAUGCGAGUGGAGAUCUCCCGCCUCCUAUGCCUGGAAGUGGUGGCUGGAUUACCGCCGAAAACAUGGGAGAGUAUUUUGAUGAAGAAGGAAAUUUGAUCGGUGAAGAUACAGCAGGGGAAGAUGAUACCUUGGGAGUUGGAGCUGGAUCUGUCCGGCCAAGAGAGGACGACGAAGACGAGGCAGCACACGAGAACGGAACGACCGACGAGACCAAGUGGAGAAGAACAGGCUGA